UCUCUUUUCCAACAUCUUCCCUGAGAUCCCUUAUUAUAAAUAUUGCCCUGGGAGCAAAGACUCAUCCUGCAGCUCUUAACUGUAUCGGUUGGGAUUUGACUGUCGCAAAGGGCAACAUGCCACUAUAUGGCAACCUUGCCAAAACCCUCUCUUAAAAAACUCCAGCUUGUCAACAGAAGCUUGACAAGCUCGUGGCCUCACGUCCAAAAUUGUCGCACAGACACUGAGAUAUCAAGGCUGUUGGCAUUGAAUGAUGCACUUGACAGCGAAUUUGCGGAGUAUCUCACAGUACUGUGGCUUUGGCUGACAUUCUCUCCAAAGAUGCCAAUUGUAAAUAGCUUGUCCUGCUGCCACAGCCCAAGCAUGAAGAGGGCGGUCUCCGGGCUUGCGUGUACUCUGUAUGGAGUAUGGUUCGAACCUGGCCCCUGAACUGCCCCCGAGCUUGCAGGCGCUACUGAUGAAAUUUCUUUUUUCUUUUAUUUUCCCUCUUCCAAGUCUGCUGUGUUACAAGCUAGCUAACUGCCACUAGCAUGAGUGAGUCUCUGCUCAAAUCACUAACCCAAGAUACCUUCACCAGGGUCUUGCUGUGUGCUCUCUGGGAGAAGCGCCCCUCCUGGAGCUGGAGCUUCCGUCCGGCGGCCGGGAUCAGGGCUUGGUACCAGGCUCGUACGGCGUAUCGUAUCAAUCUAUCCAUCCCACCUUUGCUCGCACAAGCCGCGUUUUGCCCAAAGGGGAAUGGCGCGUCCCGCCACUACUCACUGCGCCAUCACCCGAACAGGAAAGGCGCCAAAACUCUCAAAUCGCCCUUUUCCGCUUUUGUCCCAUCCAGUCUUUUCGACUUGCUUUUCCCUCAAUCCAGCUGGUCCUCCUCUCUUCUCUCUCUCUCUCCCUCCCUCUCUUCCACCAUCCCUCCCAUCAUCAUCUUCCUUCGCCAUCUAUCUUGUAUCCUUUUCGCUUCUUUUCUCAUUAUACCGUCCAGUCAUUGGAAUGGUCUAUGGCAAACCUUUUAUUCUCGCCAGUUUUCCCUUCGACUCUCCCUCUUGUCCGUCUACGUUUCCCACCAUCCGUCGACCCACAGAUUUUCUCACACCACUACGGCCUUUUUUCUUCACCUUCUCUUCAUCGCAUUUGAUUCCGUCGACCGUUCCCAUUCGAGUUGCUUCAACUUUUUCAUCGACUCUUGUCCUCGAUACCGUGUCGUGAGAUCCGAAACGUUCAUGCGGGAGCCCGUUCUCGUUGUCAUCCUCAACGGGUCGCCUCUCUUGCCUCCGUUCCUGUCAUCCGUUUCCCUCUACCCUACACGAGUCGCAUAAGACACGCCUCAUCCUGAAAACUAAACCGCGGUCGCAGGAGCGUUUCUCUGUCGGAUUUCUGCUUGAUCCACGCCUUUUCGCACGAUUAUUGUGGUCGGAAGGCUAGACGUGGCUGGUAUGCGCCGAUAUCAUCAGGUCGAUUCGUGGUUACCACAUUCGGACGUCCACUUCCUAACACCACCGACCGUCAAUUAAAGGUCCGUACAUCAACGUGAACCGCGCUUGCUCUCCACCAGACCAACCUCUCUCCCAUCGUCUCAUCCGCCAUCUCACUCGCGAAUAGCUGUGCAAAAAGGCUAGCGUCCCCGCUAUUCAUCAAAGGGGGAUCCACUGUCAGAUUAUGACAGAGACCUCCUUCGCAAACACGCAUUCCACGGCGCAUCUCUUUCCGGUCACUGCUCCUACGCUCUCUCCUCCCCUUGUCAACGGCACCCACUCAGGUCAGCAAGACGACGAAGAACCCUACACCAUCAAGUGCAUCUGUAUAUUUGAUGAUGAUGACGGCAGCACCGUAUUUUGCGAACGCUGUGAAACGUGGCAACACAUCGUAUGUUACUACGAUGACCAAGAAGUGCCAGAGAUUCACAACUGUACAGACUGCGAGCCCAGGGUCCUAGACUCGAAACGUGCCACUGAACGUCAGAAGAGGCUAAGAGAGCAAAAUGACAGCGGUGACCGGAAAGGUAAAAGGUCAGGUGCGAAAUACCAAAAGAAGAAGACCAAAGACGCAGCAUCGGCGACGGACACCACAAAUGGCUGGAAUCCUCACGACAAGAGUGGCUCAAAUUCUGUCUCCAAAGACCAACAACCCCCAACAAAAAAGCAACGCACAUCCCAUCGUUCUUCCGCUUCCGUAAGCUCCGUAGCCGCAGCCCUAACGAGCGACUCGAGGAAAAGAGGAGCUUCGUCCAUCGUCUUACCAAGUCCUACCAAACCUCCAUCUCAUCCUCCAAUCCCUCUAUAUUCGCAGGAAUUCUUACACCUGUACGAUAACGACCACGUCAACACAAAUAUGCAUGGCAAUCUCUUUGACACACUUGGUCUGGCGGGUGAUUUAGCUUCAUGGGUUCAAGAUCCUUCAGCACUUGCUCUCGUCGCCAACGGUCGCAGUGCAAAAGAUGUGUUCACGUAUUCUGACCAGCCGUUGGAUCAUUCUAAAUGGCCUGUUCUAUCGAAGCAGUCAGUGACGGAUACGAGUAUUGACUACGACGGAAGACACCCUACGUGGCGCUUCUUAAAGGUUGACAAGGAUGUGCGCAAGGACGAGAUCGUUGGUGAAGUUCGAGGCAAGGUGGGACAUUUUCGUGAUUACUGCCUUGAUCCCAAUAGUCGAUGGCAGGAGCUACGGCACCCUGAACCAUUUGUUUUCUUCCACCCACAGCUUCCUAUCUAUAUCGACAGCCGAAAAGAAGGCACCCUGCUUCGAUACAUUCGCCGAUCAUGCCGACCGAACGUGACACUCAAGACUUUUAUCACAAAUGAGAUCGAGUACCAUUUUUGCUUCGUCGCAAAUCAAGAUAUUUCUGGUGACUCCGAGAUCACAACCACCUGGUACCUAGAUCCUCAACUGUUUCCGGCUAGCAAUGGGUUCGUGAAGCAAGAGGGCCCGAACGAUGGUAUCCCCGAUGCCGCGGCAAUCUCGAUCAGCAAUGUUCUCGCACAUUUUGGUGGCUGUGCUUGUGAUCCUUCGCAGCCCUGCUUGCUGGCCAACGUUGAUCGACGACAACGGCCCCGAAACUCUGACUCAAACGUUAAACAACUCAAUGGGAGACGAAAGAAGAGUAAAAAUAGGAACAAUGUAUCUCCGGUCAGUACAGGUCGAGCAACCAACAGUCGGGCUGGGAGUGAAAGUCGUAAACAUCGUGAAGACGAAGAUCAGUCUGAGAAUCGAUCGGUGUCUGGAUCUGUUCGGGAUCAUCCGCAAAGUAGGGAUUUAACGCCCACGGGUCAUAGUGCAGCAGACAUAUUGGGAACAAAUGGAACGGAGCUUUCGGCGCGUGAGAAGCGUAAAAUUGCUGCGGCAGAGAGGAAGUUUGAGCAACUUGAACAAGACCAACAACAUGCUCAGAAGAAGAGGAAGCGUACCAAUGUGGGCACUAGUACAUCCAAAUCGUCCGGACCCUCGAAACCACCACGCUUGGACACUAUGCCUACGCGUCGAUCCCCUAGCACUUCCGCCAAAGCGUCUCCCGGUUCUGCAAAUUCGCGUCGAGAGUCACGUUUAACUCCAAAGACUUCUGCUGCCAGCACUCCCCGAAUUGGGUCUCCUUUGGCUCGUGCCAACUACGUUGAUUGUAGUAUCCAGACCGACUCAGACGAGACUGACCCACACUAUGUCCCUCCAAAGUCGCCCCCUCGACCUUGUUUCGUCCCGCUUACAAAACGCCUUCUUUCACGUUACCACCAUGAUCGAUUAAAGCUUGACGAAUCCAAAGGCCUGAAUCAUGCGCCAGUCAAGCAGGCAAUAAGUAGCAUGCCUCCACCGCCAACACCUAAGCUACCUUUAUCUCCCCAAAGCGAAAAAGACAUCGAAAUGAAAGAUGUAGACACUAGCAUUACCCUCCAAAGACUUGCUCGUCCAGCUUCACGAUCUUCAGAUCAUGCGCCCAUCGCCGAGCUACCUUUCAAGCCGCCGCGUCUUCCACUACCGUCCACCGCAGCGCAUAACUUCCCAGUUCGAUACCCCUCUGGUGAUGCGCCAGGCAAACUUCGCGUUCAGCCACCUGAAGCACAGCCCUCGAGUCCAGUAUCCUUUUCAAACAACCCGUCUAGCGGCCCCCAUCCUACUUACCUGCCACCACCCUUGAGCACCAAGCUGCAAGGUCCUCCGAGCUCUUUAACACCAGGCUUGGGUAUUACUGCACCAAGUCCUGUUAAAAAGAGGAUGAGCUUGGGUGAUUAUAUGAGGAGCCGGGGAAAUCUGACGACUCCUAGUGCAGAGAAGUCUCAUACACUGAUUCUGUCGGGUGGUCAACCGCCAACGCCUUCGGCUGCUCCAGGCAACUCGACGGAAUCUGGGCACACACCAACCAAGCCAACUCGAACAGCUGAUGGACCCAUCAAGCGUGAAAGCGAUACUACAUCCGAUGUGGUUAUGAAGGAUGCCUCCUCUUUACCUCCGCACACUGACAAGUCCUCCAGCCCGCCUUUAUUAUCACGAGAUCCACGGAUAAAUCCAUCAACUUAGCCUGUGCAGGAUUGGAAGUCUCAACGAGUUUUUUGAGAUGUUGUAGUGUUUUACUUCGUGUCCGAUUUAUUGUUUCUCCCCUUUAAUGGUGCGAUCUGUUCGAUUAUUGUUUUUGCGUCGGGGUUUCGGUGAAAUGCAGGCUUUUCAACGGUUGGCGUUCUCCGCGGAAAGUCUGGCAUGAAAGACUUGUCAAUUUAGCCAUGGGAUAGGUUUGGGACAAAGUGGCGUUUUGUGGAAUUGGAAGGGGCCUUUCUUCAUUUUUAUUUUUAUUUUUUUUUGGGUUGAUCUCGUUUUGGGAUGGGAAAAUGGAUUGCUAGAGCGUACGAGUGUCUGAGAUUCUUUUAUUUGACUGGGAGGUUAUUGUGUGGUUAUCUGUCGGCGUCUCUUGCUCUUGCACUACCACUUCUGGCCCUUUGUCCUGUUACGAGAUAUUGACUUGAUACUUCGCUGUAAACAGUAUGAUUUCUGCUUUGAACAGAAUACGGUGAUAUGCAUGUAUUAAUGACGAAGACGCAGGUCUGAGAGGCCUGGUUUCAUGAUAUCUAGAAGGCUAUU